GUCGCUUCUUUUCUCAUUUUUCAUCAAAUUGGAUUUAUGGCAAAACAAGCCCCAAACUCUGGAAAUGGAGGAACAACAGAGUCAUAUACGUGGACACAGACGCUUCAGGACGUUACAGUUGUAGUUCCAGUGCCGCAAGGAAAUACUUCCAAAACGAUUGUUUGUAACGUUGAACAGAAGCAUUUGAAGAUAAAAGUACAAAUUCCUGAAGAAAAGGUCCUCGUGAAUGACGACUUAUUUGCUGCGGUAUACGCCGAAGAAAGUUUCUGGCAGUUGGAUUCCAAAGAAUCUGUUGUAACCAUAUAUUUAGACAAGGUUAACAAGAUGGAGUGGUGGCCCAAGGUUACUCAGUCUGAGCCUGAGAUAGAUACAUCAAAGGUGGAACCCGAAAAUUCCAAGUUGAGUGAUCUCGACCCAGAAACAAGGAGUAUGGUUGAAAAGAUGAUGUUUGACCAACGGCAGAAGGCUGCAGGACUACCAACUAGUGACGAACUCAAAAAGCAGGAGCUCUUAGCAAAGUUUAUGGAACAGCAUCCGGAAAUGGACUUUUCUCAAGCGAAAUUCUCAUAAAAAGGUUCGAGUUGAAUGCAAUGCCAAAGUAGAAAAAUUUGAGCCAGCUCAGAUUUGGCGCCAUUUCCUAAACCUUUGACAGAUAGGAGACUAAUGAUAUGGCAAAUAAAGGUUUACUGCUUUUAAGCGUUAGUUUUGACAUGUUUAUCAUUGUAUGUU